AUGUCCCGCCUGCUCCGCCUCCGCACCCCAAUCCUCCGCCUCCCCUCCCGCGCCUCCUCAACCUUCUCCCGCGGCCCAGCCCCGCCCCGCCUGCCCGCCGACCAACAAGCCGAAUUCGAGCGCCUCCAGCGCGCCGCCUCCGUAUCCUCCGCCUUCCAAGAGUACGCCAACCCUCCUGCCUCCGACGCCGCAGCAGCAUCCACACCCACAUCCUCCGACGCCGCCGCAACACCAGCAGCAGCAGCAGCAGCAGCAGAGUCGCAACCCCAAGAAAAGCCCGUCAACCCGACCAUCUCCGCCUCGGAGGAGGACACCAUGCACCCCGCCUACGUCCGCGGCGCGCCGCCCGAGUUCGAGGGCGACGUCAACCCGCGCACCGGCGAGGUCGGCGGGCCCAAGAGGGAGCCGCUGCGCUGGGGGUCUGGGGGCGAUUGGAGCUACAACGGCCGCGUGACGGACUUCUGA